GCCAGGGGGCGGCGGAGGAGCCCUCUCGGGCCCGCUCCGAGCCGAGAUGGCGGCGGCCUUCGAGCACCUGGGGCUGGACCCGCGGCUGCUGCGGGCCGUGUCGGAGCUGGGCUGGGCCGCCCCCACCGCCAUCCAGGCCCAGGCCAUCCCCGCGGCGCUGGAGGGCCGCGACCUGCUGGCCCGGGCCCGCACCGGCUCCGGGAAGACGGCGGCCUACGGGCUGCCCCUGCUGCAGCGCCUGCUGCGGGCCGCGGCACCGGGUGCGGCGGCGCAGGCGGUGCGGGCGCUGGUGCUGGUGCCCUCCAAGGAGCUGGGGCAGCAGGUGGUGCUGAGCCUGCGGCAGCUGGCGGCCUUCUGCGCCCGCGAGGUGCGCGUCGCCGACAUCUGCGCCCACACCGACCUCGCCGCCCAGAAGCCGGUGCUGAUGGAGCGGCCGGAGGUGGUGGUGGGCACGCCGGGCCGGGUGCUGGCGCACCUGGAGGCGCGCAGCCUGGUGCUGCGGCACUCGCUGGAGCUGCUGGUGCUGGACGAGGCCGACCUGCUGCUCUCCUUCGGCUUCGGCGACGACCUCAAGGCCCUGCUCUGCCACCUCCCCAAGAUCUACCAGGCGCUGCUCGUGUCAGCCACCUUCAACCCCGACGUGGAGGCGCUCAAGGAGCUGGUGCUGCACAACCCGGUGAUAGUGCAGCCGCAGGAGCCCCAGCUGCCGGGCAGCGCGCAGCUGCAGCAGUGGGUGGUGUGCUGCGACACGGAGGAGGACAAGUUCCUGCUGCUCUGCGCCCUGCUGAAGCUGGCGCUGCUGCGGGGCCGCGCGCUGCUCUUCGUGGGCGCCCUCGCCCGCUGCUACCGCCUCAAGCUCUUCCUCGAGCAGUUCGGCAUCGCCGCCUGCGCCCUCAACUCCGAGCUGCCUGCGCGCUCCCGGUGCCACGUCAUCACCCAGUUCAACCGCGGCCUCUACGACUACAUCGUGGCCACAGACGAGGAGGCGCUGGAGGCGCCCGCGGGGCAGCCCCCGCAGAAGAAGCGCAAGGGCGCUGCCGACAGCAAGGGCAAGGACCCAGAGUACAGCGUCGCGCGGGGCAUUGACUUCCAAAACGUGGCCACCGUCAUCAACUUCGACGUGCCGCCAACGGUCGAGUCCUACAUCCAUCGCGUGGGCAGGACGGCCCGCGCGGACAACCCCGGCACGGCACUCACCUUCGUGCUGCCCGAGGAGCGGGACCGGCUGGCGCAGAUCGAGGACAGGCUCGCUGGAGAGAACGGCGGGUCCAUGCUGCAGCCCUACAAGUUCUGCAUGGAGGAGAUCGAGGGCCUGCGGUACCGGUGCCGGGAUGCCAUGCGCUCCGUCACCAAGCAGGCGGUGAAGGAGGCUCGGCUGCGGGAGAUCAAGGAGGAGCUGCUCAACUCUGAGAAACUCAAGACGUACUUCGAGGACAACCCCCGUGACCUGCACGUCCUGCGCCACGACAAGCCGCUGCACCCCGCCAUCGUCAAGCCUCACCUCCGCAAUGUGCCCGACUACCUGGUGCCUCCCAGCCUCCGUGGCAUCGCCAAGCCCGACCUGAAGAAGCGCAAGCGGCUGCGGCUGCCCCACGCCGGUGCUGGCCGCCGUGGCGGCCCCACGGCACGCCGCAACACCAACCCACUGCAGAGCUUCAAGUACGCCCGCCAGCGCGCCAAGCACCGUGCUGCGAAGUCCUCCUGAGCCCCCCCUGCCCCCCAGGGGCUGUGCCGGGGACCACCGCAGCUGCCUCGCGGCCCCCCUGGCGGAUGGGGUGUCCCCGUGCUGUCCUCUGCGGGCAGCCGCGUGCAAUAAAGGUGCCGGUGGGCUGUG